CUAAUAAACUUAAAAUGUGUCUUAUUCUUUUUCAAUUUAAGAAAAAAUCUCGAUUAGAAAGCUCAGGUGUUGGAAGUGGUGUUGAAAUAAUUAAAAAUGAGCCCUACAGCGAUGGUCCUAAUGGCGAUUCUGGUCAAUAUACUUUUAAAAUAUAUCAUAUUGGAAAUAGAAUUCCAGUUUGGAUUCGCAACAUUUUACCUUCAUCUGCACUUGAAGCUCACGAAGAAUCAUGGAAUUCUUACCCUUAUACACGUACUCGAUAUUCUUGCCCGUUGAUCUCACAUUUUAGUGUUGAAGUUGAAACGAAGUAUUUAAAUGAUUCUGGUAAUUCAGAAAAUGUUUUUAAUUUAAGUCAAGAUGAACUCAAAAAUCGGGUUAUUGAUGUUAUCGAUUUUGUCCGUGAUCCAAUUUCUUCUCAUGAUUAUUUGGCAGAAGAAGAUCCAAAAAUAUUUAAAUCAUUCAAAACUGGUAGAGGCCCUUUAAACGAAUGUUGGAUUGAAAAUUGUAUUUUAAAUAAAUUACCUUUAAUGUGUGCUUAUAAAUUGUGUAAAGUAGAAUUUAAAUAUUGGGGGUUACAAACACGUGGAGAGAGGUGGAUACAUGAAUUGGCGUUGAGGGUAAUUUAUUUUGGCAAUUUAUGGAUGGAAAGGGGGAAUUGUAACUGA